AUGUCAGCCAAUCGCAUGGAUGCCAUCUUUGCUAAGAUCGCCGAAGAGACUUCAAAGUUUCAACUCGGCGACGAGGAGAUUUGGCGUAAGCUAUACGACCCUUUCUAUCCCGAGCCACCACAGAAUGUAACGGUCAUCCGCGAUGAGCGAUAUGGACCUUCGGACAGAAACCUCUUGGAUGUAUUUGUGCCGCAUGGAAAUGAUUCGAACAGACCAGUCAUGAUGUAUGUUCAUGGGGGAGGAUUUUUCUCCGGGGAUAAAUUGUGGACUGAGCAAGUCUAUUCUAAUAUCGGGUGGUUUUUCGCUCAACGGGGUAUCAUCACUGUUGUGAUAAAUCAUCGUCUUGUGCCCCACGUGGAGUACCCUGGAGGUGCAGAUGAUAUACAAUUGGCUCGCCAAUGGAUCUACAAUCAUAUAUCCUCGACUAGGUACGGUCGUGGCUCGGUCGAGAAGGUUGUACUGUUCGGUCACUCAUCUGGCGGUGCGCAUAUCGCGAUGAAUCUUUAUGCGGCUGGGGAUCCGGAGCGCGCGUCUCAGUCGCCAGUUUUUCCUCCUGUGGCCGGAGUGAUGUACCUUAGUGUGCCAUUUUGGUAUGACCGGACCAAGCCAGUUCGCCAAAAGACCAUUCGAUCGUAUUAUGGAUCUGAUUCUGAAGAUGUCUGGGGACCUAAAUCUGCUUUGGGAUUAUUUCAGAGAUUACCUGACAACUCACCACUAUUAGACUCUCAGAAGAUACCUGUCUACUUGGGAUCCGUGGAGUGGGAAGUGUAA